AUGUUGGAAGGACUUGCGGCCGGCCUACUCAACCGCUUCCUGGGCAUGUACGUCCAGAACUUUGAUCCAACACAGCUCAAAGUAGGCAUCUGGUCCGGCGAUGUCAAGCUGCGCAACCUUGAGCUCCGCCGCGAAGCCCUCGACCAGCUCAAGCUGCCAAUCAACGUCGUCGAGGGCCACCUCGGCGAGCUUACCCUCGCCAUCCCUUGGUCCAACCUGCGCGGCGCCCCGGUCAAGGUCCUCAUCGAGGAUGUCUUCCUGCUUGCCAGCCCCAAGGAGGAGGCCGAAUACGACGAGGACGAAGAGGAACGGAGGGGACAGCGGCUCAAGAUGGAGAAGCUCGACAGCGCCGAGCUGCUCAAGGAGAAAAACAGAGAAGGCAUGAGCCAGGAGGAGCAGCAGAAGAACCAAAGCUUCACCCAAAGCCUCGUCACCAAGAUUAUCGACAACCUUCAAGUCACUGUCAAGAACAUCCACGUCCGAUACGAGGACUCCAUCUCGGCUCCCGGCCACCCAUUUGCCUUGGGCCUGACGCUCGAGGAAUUCUCCGCCGUCAGCACCGAUGGCCAAUGGAAGCCGACCUUCAUCCAGCACUCAACGUCCGUCACGCAUAAGCUGGCCACCUUGGGCGCGCUGGCCGUGUACUGGAACACAGAUACCGAACUCUUCGGGAGCGGUCGCGAGGCUGCGCCAUCCUCCCCCGAGCUCAUAUCUCAUGAAGACAUGAUAGCCAAGUUCAGGAGUCUAAUCAGCAGGACCAGCGCCUCCUCCUCCAACCACCAGUUCAUUCUGAAACCCGUCAGUGGACAGGCCAAGAUCGAGCUCAGCAAGUCCGGCGACAUCCGCGUACCAAGGUUCAAGGCAAACCUACUGUUUGAGGAAAUCGGUCUGGUGCUCGACGAUGACCAGUAUCGCGACGCGUUGAUGAUGGUGGACCUGUUUCACUACUUCAUCCGGCACCAGGAAUACAAGGCGCUCAAGCCCAAGGGCGUCCGCCCGGACCAAGAUCCCCGCGCUUGGUUCCAAUUCGCAGGCAAUGCCGUGCUGGGUGAGAUUCACGAAAGGAACCAAAAGUGGACCUGGGACUACUUCAGGGAGCGGCGCGACGACCGAAUUCGAUACAUUCAACUCUUCAAAAAGCAGAAGCAGGAGCAGCAGCUGUCUGCGACGGAAAACGAAGAUCUUGCGAGGCUCGAGUGGAAACUGAACUACGAGGACUUGCGGUUCUGGCGAUCCCUGGCUCGCAAUCAGCUCAAGAAGGAAAACGCCGAGGCGUUGAAGAAGCAGACGCAGCAGCACGAGGAGCAGGGUUGGCUGGCGUGGAUGUGGGGCUCCAAACCCCAGGGCAAGAUUGAGAAGAAUGAAGAGAACACGCAGAUGACUGAGGAACAGCGAAAGGAGCUGUAUGACAUGAUUGACUGGGAUGAAAAGUCGGCCCUGGCCGAGUCGGUUGACGUUCCUCGCGAAGCCGUCAAGUUGUGCGUCGAGGCUUCCCUGAGCACCGGAAGCUUUACGCUCAAGCAGAGCCCCCAUGGAAAGGCAAGAGACCUCCUGAGCUUGCACUUUGACGUUUUCAAGGCCAAGGCCCUGCAGCGAAAGGACUCAUUGCUUGCCAACGUGAGCCUUGGAGGAUUGCGAGUCAACGACGGCACCACACCCAACAGUCUAUAUCCCGAGAUUGUGCGGGUCAAAGAUGCCCCCGGGAAAGACGGGCGCAAACGAUUGUCCUUGCUCGAGCUGGAAAACAGCAGUGACGAACCCUUUUUCCAGUUCGAGGUCGAGAAGAACCCCAUUGAGCGCGAGGGCGACAUCGCAGUUGUCGGCAAGCUUAAACCUCUCGAAAUAGUCUGGAACCCCAACUUCGUCGUCGGCAUCGUCGACUUUUUCAGGCCCCCCGAGAGACACAUGGAGUCCAUCACUGCAUUGAUGGAGAGUGCUGGUGCCACCGUCGAGGGCUUCAGGGAGCAGACCCGCGCUGGGCUGGAGUUUGCGCUGGAGGAGCACAGAACCGUCAAUGCCAAGCUGGAUCUGCAAGCGCCGCUCAUCAUAGUUCCCGUCAGCAUCACCACAAGAGAAUCUACCUGCAUUAUUGUCGACGCGGGCCAUAUCCAUGUCAACAGCCAGCUGGUGGACCAGGACACCAUGAAGGAGAUUCAGUCGAAGCAGCGACAGUCAUACAGUGACGAGGACUUCAAGCGGUUGGAGUCGGUCAUGUACGACAAGUUCAUCGUCAAGCUCACCUCCACCCAGGUUCUCAUUGGGCCUUCCAUCGAGGAGACAAAGGCGCAGCUGACAGUGAAGGGCGAGGGCUCUUCGCUGCACGUUGUCGAGCAGAUCAACGUCGACUUUGUCGUGGAGACUUCAAUCUUGCCCAAAGCCCCCAAUCUGACCAAGUUCCGGGUAUCUGGCCAUUUGCCGAUGCUGCAUGCCACGGUAUCCGACUCCAAAUACAAGAACUUGAUGAGGAUCAUCGACGUGGCCAUACCCAAGAUCGGACAAGAGGAACAGCCUGAAGUUGCACCCCAAGAACGUCCCAGGCUGUCCCCGCGGCCACGCCUCGCUAGCAGCGCGUCGAAUAGGUCACGGCGGAAAUCUCAGCGCGAGCGUCGGCAGUCCUCGGCUUUUCCGUUCCUGCAGCCACAUACCGCCGUCAUUCUCAAUGACAUGGACGACGACGACGAUGACGACGACGACGACUUUGAGGAUGCCACGGACGGCGUGGACUCGCAGCAGCUCAAGAUACAGCAGCGGAACUUCGAGUUCAAGUUCAAGGUGGAUACUCUCAAGGGCUCGCUUUACCGGAGUGAUCCGGACAGGAAGAAGCCCGACGCCUUGUUGGUCGAACUGGUGGCUGAGCGAUUCGAUCUCGAAUUCUACACAAGACCCUACGACAUGGUCGCGGAAGUGUCGCUUGGGUCCGUGUUCGUGGAGGACUUUGUCGACGACCCACCGGGCGAGUUCAAGUCAAUCGUCUCGUCGGGAGACAGUGAAGACUUGCAAGCAGAACGGAGCCUUGUUCAUGUCAAGUACAUGAAGGUCAAGCGGCAGUCACCGGAAUUCAUGCCCGUGUACGAGGGAGUUGAAACAAACAUCGGCGCCUCCGUAUCAACCAUCAAUCUCGUUGUCACCAGAAAGACCCUCUUGACACUUCUUGACUUUAUCCUCACCACAUUCACCGACGGCAACGAUCAGGUCGAGGGCGAGAUUGCAGUCUCGCCACCAGCAACCCAAAACGCCAACGCAGGCUCCAUCAGGGUCAAAGUGGAUCUCAAGGGCAUCCGGCUCAUUUUGAACAAUGACGGCAUACGGCUGGCGACGCUCUCCUUUAGUCAUGCUAACGCUGGAAUUUUCCUGCGCGGAGGCACUAUGCGGAUUUCCGUCAAGCUCGGCGAUUUGUCUCUGGUUGACGAUGUGAAUCUGGGAGUGCCCAGGGACUCAAGUCUGCGCAAGCUCAUCACUAUUCAGGGCAACGAGCUCGCUGACUUCCGGUACGAGACGUUUGAUGCGAAUAACAAAAAGACAUACCAGGGCCACGACAGCUCAAUCUUCCUUCGGGCUGGGUCCGUCAAGGUCAACUUUGUUGAAGAGCCAUUCCGCAAAAUCAUCGACUUCUUGGUCAAGUUUGGCAAGAUGCAGGCUUUGUACAACGCCGCCCGCCAGGCUGCUGUGACUCGCGCAAAUCAGAUGCAGCAGAGUCCGAGCAAGAUCAAGUUUGAUGUCGUCGUGAAGACGCCCAUUGUCGUCUUCCCGCGUCUCAUGAUCCCUGGCCGACCCAAACGUGACCUCGUCACGGCCUACCUCGGUGAGAUUUACGCGCAGAACACGUUCGCUCCACUAGACGACGCGAAGAAUGCCGACAUUGCGAUGAAAAUUUCCGCUGGUAUAAGAAAUAUUCGACUCACGUCAGACCUUUACUACGAGGACGAGCGGUCGGAAGAGCUGGAGAUGAUAGACCACGUGGAUCUCGGAUUUAACAUCACCUACGCUGAGCACAAGAAUGGCGCAAAACGUCCAGACAUGGAAGUCGAGGGAUCUUUGUCGGACAUUAAGCUCAGACUGACGCAGCAUCAACUCAAGUUCCUGAUGGAAAUUUCCAAGUCGGUCCCCGCUGCAUUCGCUCGCGAGGGCGAUGGCGGUGACGAAGAAGCCGCGCGGCUCGUCGAUGAGGACACUCUGCAGCGUGCGAGAAGCAUUCCAGCAGACGAUGGCUCUAGUGACGCUGAGUUGGUCGACCUCUCUCCAGAGUUGAGGUCUGCAGAAAACACAUGGACGAAGCUCGACCUCCUGUUUCGUGUCGACACCGUGGGCCUCGAGCUCAUCAUGGCAAAAGACGAUGGGCCGGUCGGUGACUUAGCCGCGUCAAGCCUGUCGCGAUUCUCACUCGACGACACCAGGAUCAAGACUCGAAUGUUAUCCGACGGCUCCCUUGAAGCAGAGCUACUCAUUCGCUCCUUCACCAUCUACGACAGCCGUCCGAGGGAGACAAACAAGUUCCGCCGUAUCAUGACUUCCUCCAACAAGGAAGUCCAGCAGCUGAUGGCCAGCGUCACCAUGUCAGGCGGAAAGGAGCGCAGCAUGAUUGCAAUGGCCACAAUCGACAGCCCGCGCGUCAUCUUUGCGCUGGACUACUUGUUUGCCAUUCAGAAAUUCGCGACGGAGGGCUUGACAGUGGAGGAUGCCAGUCCGAUGGACGAUGAGAGUCUCGAUGAGACCCCUGACGACUCCGACGCCGACUCGAUGCAGGUCUCGUACACACACGCCAGGUCCGAGCGACCGAGGUCUCAGAUAUCUCGGCAGCGCGAUGAAUCAGGGUCCGACGAGACUCAGAAGCAGGAUGAUGAGCCUACGAUGAGCAUUGCUUAUCGGGUGAACCUCGUCGAUGCGCAAGUCAUCCUCAUCGCCGACCCUCUGAGUUCAAACUCCGAGGCGGUUGUCCUGGGCAUUCGACAGGUGCUUCUUUCUCAGCAGCACGCGCUUACGUUCCAAGUCUCCGAAAUAGGCAUGUUUCUGUGUGUCAUGGACAGGUUUGAGACGUCACGUCUCAGGAUCAUAGACGACUUUUCGAUUCAGUUGAAUAUGGACAGCUCCCAGCCAUCUCUGACAAAUAUCCACAUUGAGGUUGAGCCGCUGGUGCUGAGGCUUUCCUUGAGAGACAUCCUGUUGAUACUCCAGAUCGUCAGCAAAGCAGGCGAGCUCUCUGGGAAAGGGACAGAGGAGGCGGGGGAGACGGCUGCAGAGCAAAAAGCAAAGGAGUUGAGGAAUGCCGGCAUGAAGACCAGGACUGUAAGCGGCCGCGCACAAUCUGCCGCCGCAAGGACAAAGGCGACCGGCAACACAGCUGCCAGAACUCCCGCGACAUCGGCACAGAGCCAGCCUGCAGCCUCGCACAAGCACGAAGAGCUCUCUGCGACACUGCAGGGCAUGCGAAUCGUGUUGAUCGGGGACCUGCACGAACUGCCAAUUCUCGACAUUGGAGUCAAGGGUUUCACCGCCACUUCGGAGAACUGGUCGUCGAACCUGAAAGCGGAGGCGGCUAUCGACCUGUACUCGAAUGUUUACAACUUCUCAAAGUCGAGCUGGGAACCUCUUUUGGAGCCCUGGCAAGUGGGCUUUGGAGUAGCCAGGGAGCCCACCUCUGGGCUAAUGUCGGUCCACGUCGCCUCGAAAAAGACUUUUGAUGUGACCAUUACCACGGCAACGAUUGCAUUGGCGUCCAAGUCUUUCGACUUUUUGAUGACCAAGGAGGACAUUCUGGACAAGCCGCGCGGGGUCGACGCCCCAUACCGCAUCAAGAACUACACUGGCUUUGUGGCUAUACUGCAGUCAAAGAGCCCGACCAGCGAAGAGCCCAUUGCCAUGCGUCUCGACGACGGAGAAGAAGAACCGUGGAGCUUCGAGGAUUGGGAGAAGAUGCGAGAGAAUCUCAUGACGGAGUCCAGCCAGAACGACGUGGCAAUUAGGCUGGAAGGUAGCGGUUUCGAUGCCGUGAAACAGGUGCGGCUGAAUCGCGAAGGCGAGUCGCUAUACAGCCUGCGACCGAAGACCGACAACGUGCUACAUCGACUGUGUGUGGAUGUCCGCCUUGGCCCUGAUAACGUCAAGGAAGUCACGCUACGGUCGCCUUUGCUUGUCGAGAAUGCGACCCAGAUUCCCAUCGAGCUCGGCAUCUACGACGCGCAAGAAGGCCACCUCCUCAAGAUCGAGAAGAUUGCACCAGGUGACUCGCGACCGGCUCCCGUGGGUGCCGUUUUCGAAAAGAGAGCUCUCGUGCGGGACGCCAGUGAUCCAUUCUACUUCCAGGCUCACGCCGAGUUUGACAAGUCCGAUCCAUUGUUCAAGGUUUACCCUCGCAUGAAGAUCAAGCUCUCGGCCCCGGUCACUCUCGAAAACCUUUUGCCGUACGACUUUAAGUACAGAAUCUACGACAAGAACACCAAGAAGGACUGGUCGAACUUUCUGCGCAAAGGCGGCGUGAGCCCUGUCCACGUGGUGGAGCUCUCCCACCUUCUGCUGCUGAGCAUUGACAUGCAAGACACCGUGUUCAAGCCGAGCGACUUUUCCAUCAUCAAUCCUGGCAAUGGCGAGGACUUCCGCAAGGAGAAUCGCCUGGUGCUGAAAGACGACCAAGGGCUGACAUUGAAUCUGAGCCUUCACUACUUCAAGAUUCCCAACAGCGGCGGCGCUUUCAAGAUCACUGUUUACAGCCCGUAUGUCAUCCUGAACAAGACUGGACUCGACAUGAGGAUUCGGGCCAAGAGCUUCCUGCAGCAGGCCAAGGCGGCUGCCGGCCAGUUCCCUCCGGUCCAUACCUCGGAACAAGAGCGGCCGAAGGCUCUGCCCUUUAUGUUUUCCUUUGGGAACGAUGAUCAUCGAAACCGAGCUCUGCUGAAGGUGGACGAGUCGGAGUGGAGCAAGCCGCAGAGCUUCGAUGCCGUCGGGAGCACUUCAGAGGUCAAACUGAACUCAUCCUCGAAACAGAAAGAGAUUCACCUAGGCAUCACGGUCAAUUCUGGAGACGGCAAGUACAAGAUGACCAAGGUCGUCACGCUCGCUCCACGGUUCGUGUUAGAGAACAAGCUGGGUGAGGAGAUUUUUGUACGAGAGUCUAGUUCCUCGGGGUACAUGACUCUCAAGCCCGGAGCACUGCAGCCCCUGCAUUUCAUGCAGAAGUCUGUGGUCAAGCAGCUUUGCCUGUGCUACCCAGGCGUCGACAAUCACUGGACAUCGCCGUUCAACAUUGCCGACGUUGGGACGACGCACGUCAAGAUGGCCAAGGCCGGCCAGCGCCAGCGCCUUGUCAGGGUGGAAAUUCUCAUCGAAGAGUCGACCAUCUUCUUGCAUAUGAGUGUGGAAACCAAGAACUGGCCAUACUCGAUGCGCAACGAGAGCGACACCGAGUUUACAUUCUACCAGGCAAACCCGAACAUUGAAGACGACGAUGUUGUAGACCGCAGCGGGUGGAAGCCCAUUCGCUAUCGCCUGCCCCCGAGGAGCAUCAUGCCCUACGCGUGGGACUUUCCGGCCGCCAAGUUCCGCGAGGUAGUCAUUUCUACGAACAACAAGGAACGACACGUCCAGUUGGCAGAAAUUGGCAACCAGAUUCCCAUGAAGUUUGUGACGCAGGGUGGCCAGCAGAAGAUUAUUGACAUUAACGUUGCCGCCGACGGCCCCACGCAGACCCUCAUUCUCAGUAACUUCCGGGCGAGCAAGAGCAUGUAUAAGCCCAGAACCUUGUCCAGGACGAGCACCGGCCUCGAGGCGUUUGAAGUCAAGGAUCAUGGAACGGGGGCGACAUUCCUGGCGCAACUCAAGCUGUCUGGCAUUGGCAUAUCGCUGAUCAACGCCCAGCUCAAGGAACUGGCCUACAUCACCUUCCGAGACGUGCAGCUGCGGUUCAGCGACUCGCCGAUGAUCCAGACGGUCUCUCUGGCGGUGAAGUGGAUGCAGAUUGACAAUCAGCUGUACGGAGGUAUCUUCCCCAUGAUUCUGUACCCGAGCGUGGUGCCCAAGAGGGCGAACGAGGUCGACGCCCAUCCCUCGCUGCAUGCCAUGGUCAGCCGGGUCAAGGAUGAUUCGUACGGGGUGCUCUACAUCAAGUAUGCGACCAUUUUACUGCAGCAGAUGACGGUGGAUCUGGACGAGGACUUUGUCUUUGCUCUGCUGGACUUUUCGGACAUUCCCGGGGCCAGCUGGACGGCAGUGGAGGUGGAGGGCAAGCUGUGCGACGAGGACCUGGACAUUCCCGAGCCGUCGCAGCAGCAGUCUGGGCAGGAUAUUUACUUUGAGGUGCUGAACAUCCAGCCGAUGCAGCUCGACCUGAGCUUUAUGAGGACCGAGCGCGUCAACGCCGAGGACAAGACAUCGACGCACAACCCCAUCAUGUUCUUCCUCAACGUCAUGACGAUGGCGAUUGGCAACGUCAACGACGCGCCCAUACGGUUCAACGCCCUGAUGCUGGAAAAUGUGCGAGUCUCGACCCCGGUGCUGAUCCAGAACAUCUCGAACCACUACAGCCAGGAGGUGAUGUAUCAGAUUCACAAGAUCCUGGGCUCCGCCGACUUCCUCGGCAACCCGGUCGGCCUCUUCGGCAACAUCUCCUCGGGAGUGACGGACAUUUUUUACGAGCCAUACCAGGGACUCAUUCUCUCGGAUAAGCCAGAGGAGUUUGGCAUCGGCAUUGCCCGAGGCGCGGCAUCCUUUGCCAAGAAGACGGUCUUUGGCUUCAGCGACAGCUUCUCCAAGUUCACCGGUAGCCUGAGCAAGGGACUGGCGGCGGCUUCGCUGGAUAAGCAGUUCCAAGACAGGCGACGCAUCACGAGGGCGCGAAACAGGCCAAAACACGCGCUCUACGGCGUCACGGCGGGCGCAAACUCACUAUUUACGAGCGUCGCAUCUGGCGUGGGAGGUCUGGCACGCAAGCCGCUGGAGGGCGCCGAGCAGGAGGGAGCUCUCGGGUUCUUCAAGGGGGUGGGCAAAGGUGUGUUGGGACUGGCGACGAAGCCGGCCGUGGGCGUGCUCGACAUGGCAAGCAACGUCAGCGAGGGCAUCCGCAACACGACGACGGUAUUUGACGGGACGGAACUCGACCGCAGCAGGUUUCCGCGAUUCAUCCCCACGGACGGCAUCGUGCGGCCGUACAACCCGCGGGAGGCGCUAGGUCAGUACUGGCUGAAGCAGGUGGACAAUGGCAAGUACUUUGACGAGCAGUACAUUGGCCACCUCGAGCUCCCCAAGGAAGACAUGGUGGUCAUGGUGACCUUUGCGCGGAUCCUGUUGAUCCGGUCGAAGCGGCUGACGAGCGAGUGGGACGUGCCGCUCAAGGACGUGCAGACGAUUGCCAAGGAACGGACGGGUAUGAGCCUGACGCUUAGGGGAGGGACGAACGGGCCGUUUAUCCCGGUUGGGGGAGGCAGCGAGAGGAGUUUUCUCUACAAGAUGAUUGGGGUGGCGGUGGAGGAGUUUAACCGGCGGUAUCGGGGCGGAGAGUGA